ACCAUCAAACACCUCAUGGGCAAUUGCAAUGGUCAACUCCGCCCUGACUCCGCCGCUCCAUCACCACAAAGGCCUCACCAUCCGAUGUCCUCCGCCGCCCCCCGCCCCCUCUCCGGCAUCGGCCGCGUCCUCGGCCGCCCCAUGGAAGACGUCCGCUCCACCUACAAUUUCGGCCGCGAACUCGGCCGCGGCCAGUUCGGCGUGACCUAUCUCGUCACUCACAGGACCACGAAAGAGCAAUUCGCUUGCAAGUCAAUCGCUACUCGCAAGCUCAUCAGCAAAGACGAUGUCGAAGAUGUUCGUCGAGAGGUUCAGAUCAUGCACCAUCUCACUGGAAAUCGAAACAUUGUUGAGCUUAAAGGUGCGUAUGAGGAUCGACAAUCGGUGAAUUUGAUCAUGGAGUUAUGUGCCGGCGGAGAGCUCUUCGAUCGGAUCAUCACCAAAGGCCACUACUCUGAACGCGCCGCUGCGGAUCUCUGCCGCCAGAUCGUUACUGUUGUGCAUAAUUGUCAUUCUAUGGGGGUGAUGCAUAGGGAUUUGAAGCCUGAGAAUUUCUUGUUCUUGAGCACCGAUGAGGACUCGCCGUUGAAAGCUACUGACUUUGGGCUUUCAUUGUUCUACAAAUCAGGUAACACUUUCUCGUCUCUGCUUCUCUCUGCAUAUUAUGUAGCUCCUGAGGUAUUGCGUCGAAAUUAUGGAGCUGAGGCUGAUAUAUGGAGUGCUGGGGUGAUAUUAUAUAUAUUACUCAGUGGGGUCCCACCAUUUUGGGGAGAAAAUGAACAGAGUAUAUUUGAUGCUGUUUUGCGGGGACAUCUUGAUUUUUCAAGUGAACCUUGGCCAUCCAUAUCCAGUAGUGCCAAAGAUGUUGUCAAGAACAUGCUACGGGCUGAUCCUAAAGAAAGGGCUUCUGCAACUGAAGUAUUAAAUCAUCCAUGGAUGAGAGAAGACGGGGAUGCAUCUGAUAAGCCCAUUGAUGUUGCUGUCUUAACUAGAAUGAAGCAGUUCCGUGCAAUGAACAAGCUCAAAAAAGUAGCGCUAAAGGUCAUCGCAGAAAAUCUUUCUGAAGAAGAAAUUGUUGGCUUGAAGGAAAUGUUCAAAUCAAUGGACACAGAUAACAGUGGAACGAUUACUUUUGAAGAGCUGAAAGCUGGUCUUCCAAAAAUGGGUUCCAAGCUUUCUGAGUCGGAAGUGAGGCAGUUGAUGGAAGCGGCUGAUGUGGAUGGAAAUGGAACAAUUGAUUACAUUGAAUUUAUAACUGCUACAAUGCAUAUGAAUAGAGUGGAAAGAGAGCACCACUUAUACACUGCCUUUGAAUAUUUUGACGAGGACAAGAGCGGGUACAUCACAAUGGAAGAAUUGGAGCACGCCCUGAAGAAGUAUAACAUGGGCGAUGAGAAAACAAUAAAGGAGAUUAUUGUAGAAGUUGACACAGACAACGAUGGAAGAAUUAACUACGAUGAGUUUGUUGCCAUGAUGAGGAAAGGCAAUCCGGAGAUGGUCCCAAACAGACGUCGUAGAUAAGAUUUUUCAACGUUACAUUGACAUAUGUUUUUCCAGCUUGAGGACAUGAUUUGUUGGUCUGAUCGGGGCGUGUUGCAACUGGGAUUGAAAAAUGUUCUCAGUUUGGCUACCUGAAAUCACGGCGGCAGUUCUUGCUUUCUGGAUUGGUUUGUGGUUUGUCUAUACCUGCCUUUACACACAGAAAUGAGUUAGAUUGUCAUCAUUUUGCUACAUAAUUAUACUACCAGAAUGUGUGAUUAUUUACUCUCUACUUGUUUCCAAAUUAAGCACAAGGGCAUUUGUCAUUUACAGAUUGGAUUUUAUUCUCUC